UUGAUUCAUUUUAUCAAAAAAAGAUGAGCACAUCAAUAACGACGACAACAACAACAACAACAACAUUGGAAUUACGAUGGAAAUAAUCCAUGAAUUUUUCACUUUAAUCUGGAAUGUUAUUUUGGUAUAUAUCCAAAUAAUAAAAUCAUGGUUCAUUCAGUCUCGAGAACCGAAAAAUCUUUCUGGAAAAGUAAUCGUUCUAACGGGUAGUGCACAUGGUAUUGGUAAAGAAAUUUCCAUCGGAUUAAAUCGUCUUGGUGCACGUUUAGCAUUAAUCGAUAUUAACCGGAAUCUAAAUGAUGAAUUGAUUGAACAUUUGAAAUCAGAAUCCCCAGAUUCAGAUAUAAUUGGCUAUACAUGUGAUUUAUCCGAUGGUUCCGAAAUUGACCUAUGUGUCAGUCAGAUCUUAAAACAUUUUGGUCAUGUUGAUAUUUUAAUUAACAAUGCUGGAGUUGUUAAUUGUAAACCAUUCAGCGAACUUGAAUGGCAAGAUAUUCGUCAUACAUUUGAUGUAAAUGUUUUCGCAAAUUUUCGUUUAAUCAAACAUUUUCUACCUGGCAUGAUUGAAAGACCAAAUGGUGGUCACAUCGUUGCUAUAUCAUCUGCUUGUGGAUUGUCUGGAAAAGGAAAUCUUGUCGAUUAUUGUGCAUCAAAACAUGCUGUAAUUGGAUUAAUGACAGCAUUAGAUUGUGAAUUACGUUCUUUGAAUGUUGAUGAUAAUCAUAUUGAAUUAACAACCAUUUGUCCAUUAACCAUUGCUACCGGAAUGUUUAAACGUCCAUCAACUAAAUAUGAUUUUCUAAUGCCAAUUUUAUCACCAAUAAAAGUUGCCGAAACAAUAAUCAAUACAAUACGCAAACCUGAUCCAUCAUUUAUUGUUACAAUUCCUAGUUAUGCAUAUUGGCUAAUAAUAAUGGAAAAAAUAAUGCCACGUAAAGCAUUUGCAUUGGUCGAUCGAUUCUUUGCAUACGAAGUCGGUAGACAUUGAUUAGUUUUCAAGACAAUUUGAU